CUCGUCACACGGCUCACAUAAAAAGCAGCCCAUUGUCUUCAGCAGCCGCUGUUUGACUCUCCACACCUCCGCAGACACCCAUUAACAUUAACAGCGUGGAGCCUGGCAGACCCAGAACGAUGAAUCCCAAAGGGGAUAAGCCGAAGUCGAAGAUUUCGGCGUCUCGCAAGCUCUCCCUCAAGAUGCUUCUCCUCACAAGAGCUUGUGAGGAUUUGGAGAGGGAGAAGCAGGAGAGGGAGGAAGAGAAAGUGCGCUAUCUAGGAGAGAAGCUGCCCCCUUUGCAGUUGUCUGGACUUUCCCUGGACGAACUACAAAGUAUGUGCAAGCAGCUUCAUGCAAAAAUUGAUGUUGUGGAUGAGGAGAGAUAUGACUGUGAAUACAAAGUGAGCAAGCACAACAAAGAUAUCCACGAGCUGAAGUUGAAGGUACAGGACCUUGGAGGCAAGUUCAAAAAGCCUGCCCUAAGGAAGGUGAGAGUCUCAGCAGAUGAGAUGAUGAGAGCUCUCCUGGGCUCCAAACACAAGGGCUCGAUGGACCUCAGAGCUAACCUCAAGUCUGUGAAGAAGGAGGACGUCAAACAAGACAAGGUGCUUACUAGUGAAGUGGGUGACUGGCGUAAGAAUGUGGAGGCCAUGUCGGGCAUGGAGGGCCGCAAGAAGAUGUUUGAUACAGGCGGCGGAGCACAGUGAGACACUGCAAAUGAUGAAGCUGGUCAGUUAGGAGCAGGGAAAAGGAAGCUGUCAAGACAGAAAUAUAGAAUAAUUAUGUGAACGCUAACUGAUUUAGGAAUUAAGCAUAAGGUCAAAAGCACGUAUGAGCCCCAGUUCAUCAGCUGUGCCUCCAUUUCCUUGAUGGCCAUUUUAUAAGCAAUGACUCAAAGCACUUAAAGUGUAGGAUGAGUAGAGACCCAAUGUUUUUUUUUUUUUUUAUUACCAAAGACUUUUUUGUUUUGUUUUGUUAUGACAGCUUUAGACAAUAAAGCAGAUAUGAAUAAACAGAUAUUGUUUCGGUCUUUGAUGUUCCAUAUCUGAACUUGACUUUAUCAUGUUUCAUUUUAUUGGCACCCGUUGGUUUAUGUGUGGCAUGUAAGAGGAUGGAAAGCAGCUUAGCUGAUGAUGGAUUAAAAAGGAAGCUUGAAAGCCAAGGGA